AUCCAUAGUUAGACGAAAGAGAAAGAGCUAAAAGCUCAUCUUAAAGAGCCAACAGUAGACCCUGGUUAGUAACGCUACUAACUAUAGUUUAAAUAUGCCCAAUAAGUUUUUAAAAAAUGUGUCAGAAAGUGCUUCAAAAGCCACACGAAUGCUAAAUUAGCUCAAUUAACCCAAAUCGGAUUAGCCAAUCGGAGACCAGGGCGGGUAAUCAACACAAAUCAGGAAUUGUCUUGUUGGAAAUUUUUUUUUUUUCUUCCUCUUCUUCCAGAGUUGAUGUCAGACUUCCUGCUCCUCUUCCACCUCCCCCUGAAGCAGCAGCAGCAGCAGCAGCAGCAGUGUAAAGCUAGGUGGCCACAGCAGCACAUUUAUCUCAUCCCCGUGCCCACGCACGCACACCCGUGGACGCGCAGAGAGGCGCACAUGGGAACCUGGCUGUGCUGCGUUUAAACCGGGGAAUCUUGAGCGGCCGCAGCCGAAAGGAGGACACCGAGAGCCGGCAGCAGGAGCAGCGGAGCUCCCCCAACUGCUCCUUUUCCCCCCCCCCCCCGUGAGCUGCACGCCGAUACAUUCCCGAGCUCAUCUCUCUCUCUCUCUCUCUCUCUCUUUUUCCUCCUCUUUUCCCACCUCCCUGUUUCUGCCUGUCCCUCUGUGUUUUUCGAAGACGCGGCGUGUUGUUUGGCUGUGUGCGUCCUGACGCGCACGGCGCUCUCUCUCGGACUUGUUUGGCACGGACUUAGAGGCGAGAAAACACGCAGAAAGGAGGACAAGCGGAAAAGAAAGAAAGAAGAAGAAGAACCCUCUCCCCCCCCCUGUCCUGACCUCCUCCUGUAGCCUCCUCCACCCUCUGCUCCACCAACACUACCUUCUUUCUCCUUUCUUUUGAUUUCCUGUCAUUUUUUUUUUUUUUUUCUGAUUUCCUGCAGCCGAACCAGGAACCAGAGGAGCGAAGGGGAGAAGGAUGAAGACAAACUCAAUCUGACUCUUGGGGGGUUUUAAUCUGGAUUAAUUUGACUCUUGAGGAGAAGAAGAAGAAGAAGAAGGAAAAAAAGGAAGAAGAAGAAGACGAAGAAAGAUCUGUUGGGAGCUGCGCGUAAAAAGCCGAGGUGUUCCUCCUCUUCCUCCUCCUCCUUCUUUCUCCUCCUCUUUCCUCCUCUCCCCUCUACCUCUCCUCUUCUACCCAUCUUCUUCUCCGUUUCCCCAUGUUCUAGGUCCGUGGGAUUUUUGUUAUUUUUUUUAUUUUUUUUUAUAUAUAUGUAUUUUUGGGGCUAAAAUGCAUCACCAGCAGCGGAUGGCAGCUCUGGGAACAGACAAGGAGCUGAGUGACUUACUGGAUUUCAGCGCGGAUGAUUCGGUGCCCAUCUCCAACAAGAUGUUUUCUCCUCCUGUUAGCAGUGGAAAAAACGGACCCACCUCCCUGGGGAGCGGACAUUUCUCCGGCUCAAACAUGGAAGAGAGAACGAACGCAGGCUCCUGGGCGAGUGGAAGCCGAUCUUCUAAGGCCUACGCUGAUGGAUCUCAGUACAUGGCAUCACAUGACAACCUCUCACCACCGUACUCUAACUCCAGGCUAGCAGGUAAAACCGAGAGGAGUUCAUACUCGUAUGGCAGAGAGUCCAACCCCCACUGUCACCAGUCCAUAUUGGGAGGUGGGGGUGAGCUUGGUUUGGGGAGCCCCGGUGCGGCUUCGCCCACAAAGUCGGCCGCUCAGUAUUAUCAACACUACGGCUCCAACCCACGAAGGAGAACGCUGCCUAUGGACACCAUGGACAUUCACACCAAAAAAGUGCGGAAGGUCCCUCCUGGCUUGCCGUCCUCCGUGUACGCUCCAUCUGCCAGUACAGCCGACUACAACAGGGACUCGCCGGGUUAUCCCUCCUCUAAACCUCCCAGUGCGGGAUUCCCGAGCUCUUUCUUCAUGCCAGAUGGACACAGUGGAGAUCCGUGGAGCAGCAGUAGUACCAGUAUGAGCCAGCAGGGCUACCACAGCAGCAUGCUGAGCGGAGGAAACUCGGCGCACGGCGCCGCCCAAAGCUCCUCCUACUGUGGGAUUCACCCUCACGACAGAUUGAGCUACCCGUCGCACUCGUCCGCCGACAUCAGCUCCAGCCUUCCACCCAUGUCCAGCUUCCACAGAGGCGGAGGCAGUGGGGGCGGGGCCAGUCACUAUAGCACCGCCUCCUGUACCGCCUCCACCAACGGCACAGACAGCAUUAUGGCAAACCGGCCACAGAGCGCAGCAGCCAGCAGCUCCCAGACAGGAGACGCCUUAGGGAAAGCACUUGCAUCGAUUUAUUCUCCAGACCACACGAACAACAGCUUCUCGUCCAAUCCUUCCACUCCUGUUGGAUCCCCGCCCUCCCUCACAGCUCCAAGUUCAGCUGUUUGGUCGAGGAAUGGUGGACAGGGACCAUCUUCACCAAACUACGAGGCUCCACUUCACUCACUGCAAAGUCGUAUUGAGGACCGUCUGGAGCGUCUGGAUGACGCCAUCCACGUACUGAGGAGCCACGCAGUGGGGCCGUCCACGGGUAUGCCUAGCGGCCAUGGCGACAUGCACAACCUCAUCAGUGCUGCACACACGCACAACGGAGCCAUGGGUGCUCUGGCCAGUGGAUACGGGACAGGACUUCUGUCAGCCAACAGACACUCCCUGAUGGUGGGUUCUCAUAGAGACGACAGCAGUGGCGGUGGCGUCGGCGGUGGCGGCUUGCGAGGAGCACACUCGAUGGCCGGUCAGGUUUCUGUGCCUCAGCUGCCUGUUCAGUCGGCCACUUCACCGGACCUCAGCCAGCCUGACCCAUACCGUGCUCUGUCUGGAGGCCUCCAGGGCCAGAGCACCUCGUCUGUCAGCUCUGACAUUAAGUCUGAGGAUGAGGGAGAUGAGAACCUGCUACAGGACACAAAGCCGCUGGACACCAAGAAGGAGGACAUCGAUUCCAAGGAUCUCAAAUCAAUUGAGAGGUCAAGAUCUAGCAACAAUGAUGAUGAGGACCUGACGCCCGAACAGAAAAUGGAGAGAGAGCGGGAAAGAAGAAUGGCCAACAACGCCCGGGAGCGCCUCCGUGUCCGUGAUAUCAACGAGGCCUUCAAGGAGCUGGGCAGGAUGGUCCAGUUACACCUGAAAAGCGACAAACCUCAGACCAAGUUACUGAUCCUGCACCAGGCUGUGGCGGUCAUCCUCAGUCUUGAGCAACAAGUCAGAGAAAGAAACCUGAAUCCUAAGGCAGCCUGUCUGAAGCGGCGCGAGGAGGAGAAGGUGACUGUGACAUCAGAUGGGACUCCUCUGUCAUUGGCGGCUGCCCACCAUGCUGCCACCAUGGGCGACGGUUCAAACCCCAUGGGACAAAUGUAAAAGCAGCAACAUCUCCUUUACCCUGAAUGGUCUAAGGUGUCAGAGUUCAUCAGGACGAUGACCGACCACUUCCUUUGACGUCGUUUCCAUGGCAGUCCAGCAAUCAAAUUACUUCAGCCUGACCAAUCAGCCUUUUUAUUCAUCUAUCAUUUAUUGUCUACAAUCACUCUGCUCAUUUUCUUCUUCUUCUUCUUCUUCUUCUUCUUCUUCGCCCUUGUGUUCGCCUUUUGUCCAGAACACAAACUGCAAAGUUGCAUCAGUGGUUUUCAUCGCUUUGUAUCAUCAGCAGCAGCCGGAGUGAACCGGAUGCUGGGGUUUUUUUGUGUGUGGAGAUGUUAAAAAACACUCAGCCGCCGUAAAUACAGCAGCGACAAGUGGGAUCGUUUCAUGCAAAGUGACUCUAACGGACAACGUCGUCGACGGAAUUCCUCUUGUGCUCCUUGUUUAUAUCAGCAUUCCCUGUUUUAAAUAACAAAAUGUUCUCUCUAUAUAAAUAUAUAUAGUACAAAUAUAUAUAUGAGAAAACAAAAAAAAAAAGAUAAAAACCUUGUUUGAAGAAGUUCAACUGGAUGCAGGACGUGUGGAGGCUAGGGUUGUCCAGGAUGGAUCAAAACAUAUCACAAAGUGUUUGAACUCCCCUCCUCCCCCCCUUUUUUUUAAGCAACAACACUGCGCAGCGGUUGUCAAAGGCAACAUUGGCGCAUCUCUGACUGAACGGCAAUCUAACGCCACACUGUGGACGAAGCUGUGCCUGAUCUCCUCCAGGAUGCAAGAAUCAGAUCGAGACAAGCAGAGAUUACAAAGCUACACAAACGGUGAAGAGAAAGUUUCCGGGGCAACGUUGCAGAUGUAGACUGCAUACUCACUGCACAUCCUUUGCACAUCAACACGAAGAACGGAAUAAUACCAGAAGAGAUUUUAAGGAAAAACCUGGUUGCAUCGAUAGUCCCUUCACACAGGCACUGCUCCAGUGGGGUUUCAGGCCGUGACCCGUAUUUUGAAUUGCACAGGCAAUUAAUGCUAAAACAUAUUUGUUAACUGUUGCAUCAUCAGCAGGUGUAUUAGGAAGAAAUUGUCAAUAAAUAGUAGAAGCACAACACUCCCAUGAGUAAGGUAGAACCACGAUCUCACUGGGUUCCGACUGUCCUGUUCCCUGGUGCAAGCGUGGGCUGAUUGACUGAGCUCAGCAAGUUUUUGAACUAGUGAACGCCUGCGAUCCAAUAGAUCUACACCAACGCUUGCCUGUGUGAAUAUGCUACGAGCGAUAGCAAAAAGAAGUUCGCAAUUGCAUUUUGACUAUCAUGAAAAUCGAAAUGUUGGGCGGGGCUAAACAAAAAGGGACUCAAACGUACCCUUCAAAAGCAUUCCCUUCAAAACGUUUUAAAUACUAAGUAUUAAAUAUCCAAUUAUGUCAAUGUAUUUUUAAUAUUGUACCGCAGCAAAAUGACGAUUGAUGGUGAUGAUUUAGUGUCUACACAACCCACAGCAGUUCUUUUCUUAGAGACCCACAGCCAAGCAAGGCAAAGAGGAAGUAGAGUCGUUUCUUGAACCAAUCAUCUAGCGGUUUCUGAGGAGGAGUUCUGAGCAGAUUCCACAGAAAAGACAAGGAGAAAGAAUCAUGCACUCAUUUCUAAGUGUACUUUUAAUAUAAAGUAAAUGCUUUUCUGGAACCUUUUCUCUGCUAUCGCUGACCUUGAAACAUCAAGAAUGUCCUGGCAGAAACAUCAAGACUAUCUUGGUAGGAAUGGCAGAGACUUCGAAAUGGAAAGUCGGACCAACAGAAGAAGCAGGAGAUGAGAGAAAAGAGGGCUAGACUGAGCACUGAAGUGAACUCGAUUUCUACAUUUAGCACAUUCCCUAAAAUGCAAUCUACUUCAGUCAAGUGCUGCCUAUACCCUAAAGGCCUAAACUGACUGUGAGAGAUGGGGUGAGUUAAGGAAGAGCGAUAGUAGGAUUAGGGCAGGGCCUUAAUCCUGAGGAAUUAGAGUUUUGAGGGAGAAAAAAAAAACAGAGAGUCAGAAGGUCCAGGUAGAGAUUUCACAAUAUUGGAAGUGAGGGAACAAUCACUGGGGUGAGGACGGCAUCAUUUUUUAUUGGAGGGCUCCUUGGUUUAACAUUUGUCACUCCACUCCAAGUACCAAAAAAAA